AUGUCUUCCUUCCCUCAAUCGUUCAAAUCCACGGUGUCGCAUUGGCAAGCUACCAAUCGUGGCCCGAAGAGCUUGUUUAACUAUGGAGUAGAAGAUGCUCUUCCUGCUGAUGCCGACUUCGUGAUCAUUGGCGCAGGAAUGACUGGCGCUUCGCUGGCCUACCAACUGACCCGACCAGGUGCUGCAGGCGAAGGCAAAAGUGUCGUGCUUCUUGAAGCCAAGGACAUUGCUUCCGGCGCAACGGGUCGCAAUGGAGGGCAUCUCGCACCUUAUACGUUUGGAGCUUAUACUCGACUCGUAACCCCGCUCACAGAAGGAGGAGCAGGCGUGUCGAGCGAGGAAGCUGUCAAGAUUAUCAGGAUGGAGAGGGAUAAUUAUGCUAUCGCUCGCGAGAUCGUCGAGAAGGAGGGUUUGGAUGUCGAUCUUUGGUGUGGCGAGGCCUUGGAUGUGUUCCUGACUGAAGAAGAGAAGCUAGCUGAGAGGGCAGCUUGGGAUAAGGGUCUUGCGGCGCUACAGUCAUGCGGAUUCCAAUCGGAUGACGACCAAACACGGUGGAUAGAGGACGCACAAGAGGUGCAGCGCCUGUCCCGCACACCUGCAGUCGGUGGUGCCACUCGCAAAGCAGGCUCAGUCCAUCCACAUAAACUCUGCACCGAACUCGUCCGUCUCGCUCUUCAGUCCAAAUCCUCCAACUUCAAAUACUUCUCCUGGACGCCCGUCGAGUCUUUCGAGAGUCUCAACGAAGGCGAAUGGCUCGUGAAAGCGCACAGUAAAGGGCAGAUCCGCGCCAAGAACGUUAUCCUCUGCUCGAACGCGCAUACAGGCCACAUCUUCGAGCCCUUCAAGGCUCAUAUCACCCCGGCUCGAGGUCAUGCGUCCCUCAUCACAGUGCCUACAUCGUUCUCCGGAACGAAACAUAUUUCGAACUCGUUGAUGUUCAGCGGUCCAUACCUCAUGUUCACGCCGAGUUCUGGGUGGGUCUUAGGAGUGGGUUGGGGUGGGUUGGUUAAUGAGGGGAUCGUGAAGAAGGAGGAGGUCGGUAACUUUUUGGGGGCGGUGGACGAUAGCGUGGUUUUGGAACCUAUUCGGGAUUAUCUGAAAGAUUACUGCAAGGACACGUUUCAGGGUUGGGGUGAGGAAGCUGAGGGCGAGGGGCUCAGUAGAGUCUGGACAGGAAUUAUGGGCUACUCGAGAGACUUGUUACCUCUGAUUGGACCAGUCCCGGGUAAGAAGAAUCUGUGGGCGGCUGUCGCAUUCCACGGGCACGGUAUGUCUCGUAUCCUGAGCUGCACUCAGUCUCUUGCGAAACAGAUCUUGGACCAAGGCGUAUGGGACGAGCGUCUUCCUCGGAGCUUCGAGAUCACGGAAGAAAGAAUGGAAAGGGCAAAGACGGCGCCGCCUUUGGCUGGAGAGCGGGUCAUCAAGGAGGUAGUAGAAGUUUCCUCCAGCUGAAGUGGAAAAAGUUGUAACUAUCUUGUCU